AUGUGUGAUACAAAUGAUUUUGGUGGAAAGAAGACUCUGGUUCAGGUACCAGACCGUUUAUUCUUUUAUUCUGGGGGCGGUGCUCUUCCCCGUGAUCUAAUAUUAACUUUGCAAGAACAACCAACUGAUUCUCAUUUACUACACCACAAGAUGUCAGACGCCGGAUGUAUUAUCAAGGGCGUACAGCGGUUUGCCGAGGGCUCCAGUAAGGAUGAGAUCAAGUCUAUAAAGAAAGAGCUGAAGGAGAUGACGGUGACCACCGAACACCAGCAACGCAUGAUUGAAGACGAGCAUGCCCAUCAAGUUGCCAAUGCAAGGGAUCUCACGUACGAAGCUUUCACCGAGCUCGACAACAACCCGGACCUGACCACAGAAGACCAUCAUGCUGUAUCCAAAUAUAUACUAAAAGAUGCAUACGACAUCACAAGACCAGAGCUCAUCACUCCUGAGUUCGUCAAGGCACUCGACAACGUGAAAGAGAUAGAGACAUACAAGAAUAUACGUGACCUAUUGAUUGACGAUAAUGACGAUGGAGGCACCAUGAGAACCAGACUAGACCAUGCCCGGAUGCAGCUGUACCGCUCGGUACGAUUUUGUGCGGAGAAUGGGCUCCCAGUUAAGGCAAUGCACAAAAUGUUGGAGUCGCGGUACAUCCGACUCAAGUACGCCGUGGACAUCCUGGAUCCGUGUGGGUUUGCACAUCCGUUUUCGGACGAAGUGGUAUCAGCGGCUGCCCUCAAAGCAGCGGUCGAAACAAUAUGGGAUAGCAUCAUGCCUGAGAUGGACAACAUGUGCAUUACACUCGAACGGAAGAAGCCGCCGCACGGCCAAUGGAACGUGUUCAAAAACAGGUUGUCGUUCCUGAACAUCGUAUUGGGAGAUGUGCUUGGGGUCAAAAUCAAGGCUAUCAACAAACGCAGUGGACGAUAUAAAUUGGAGCACUACACCAACGUAGGGUCUAAGGACUUCCGGUACAUGUUUAUAGAAAGUGUAGGGCAGGAUCCAUGA